AUGUCAUCGUCAUCCGUAGUAUCAACAAUUUUAUUUGCUUCUAAAGAAUUUGCAAUAUAUGGUUAUUUUUUUAUUUCAAUCACUGGUUGUAUUGGAAAUAUUUGUAACAUUGUGGUUCUCACUGGCUCGAAAUCAUUUCGACAAAGUCAAUGUGCUUUUUAUCUCAUUACUGAAUCAAUCAGUGAUUGUUGUUUAUUGCUUGUUGUAUUACCAUUUCGCAUUAGCGAAUUAGCUUUCGAUAUUGAUACAACACGAUUAUCAGUGUUCUGGUGUAAAUUUCGACCAAUGAUUAGUCAUACGUUAGCACUUAUGUCAUUUUCAUCGAUAUGUUUUGCUGCUAUCGAUCAAUAUUUAUCAACUAAUUAUCAUGCUUGGUUGAGACAACUGAGUACCUUAAAAUUGGCUCAUCGUCUUGUCUACGGGGCUUUAAUUAUUUGGAUUCUCUAUGACAGUAUAUUUCUGAUUUUUUUCGGGAUUCGACCAACAUUCGGAUGUAUGAUAGAUAAUGUAGGAUUCUCGCUUUAUUAUUCUUUUUUUCAUUUUAUUAUUCUCAAUGGUGUAUUACCCAGUUCUAUAGCAUCAUUAUUCAGUUUACUUGCCUAUUUGAACGUUCGUCGACUUGUACAGUUACGUAUGCUAGUUAUUCGACGACAACGUGACAAACAACUUACUGCUAUGGUCUUAGCUAAAGUGGUUGUUUUAGUUGUAACUAUUCUUCCUUCUACUAUUUUUCGGAUUUACAUAUUAAAUAAGACUGUAAAUCCAAAUGAUUCUAUUCGAAUAGCUAUCGAUCAAUUAAUAUCAAAUAUUGCAUACUCUUUAUUCUAUAUCAAUUCUUCAUGUACUUUUUAUGUAUUCUUGAUGGUAUCACCACGAUUUCGUCGUCAAGUCAAAUAUAUAUAUGUUCUUAUGAAGUACUUCGGACAAAAAUGUUUUAAAUCACGAAAUAACAAUCAAAUUGCUCCAGAACCAAUUGAAAGUCAUGAGUUAGAAUAA